CAGCGGGCCCGCCCCGCUCCAGGCGCACUCGGCGGCUGGCGGCGUGCAGCUCGGAGUCGGGCAGCGACUCCCUCACCCAUUCGGCAGCUGCCGCAACCCUCACCCGCUCGGCUGGUCCUCCGCGCGUCGGGCAGCGAUGGAGCCCGGGCCCACGGCGCCCUCCUCCGGCGCCUUGCGGCCGGCCCGCGAUGGGGAGACGCCGCUGGCCGCCACCGGCGUGGACCUGCCGGGCACGGCUGUGCCCUCGGCGCGGGAGGAUGCUGUGGCCGGCGGCCCGGCCGGUGAGGGCACCGCGGCGGCCGGGGACGUACUGGGUAGACCCCUGGGGCCCACCCCGAGCCUGAGCCGCUUCCAGGUGGACCUGGUCUCCGAGAGCGCCGGGCGGGCGGCGGCGGCGGCGGCGGGAGCUGGGGCGGGGGGCCAGGAGACCCCGGCGGCCGGCAAAGCCAGCGGCGAGAGCGGCUUGGCCAAGGGCAGCGAGGAAGCCAAGGGCCGCUUCCGCGUGAACUUCGUGGACCCGGCCGCCUCGUCGUCGGCGGACGACAGCCUGUCGGAUGCGCCGGGGGUCGGAGGCGACGGGCCCAACGUGAGCUUCCAGAACGGCGGGGACACGGUGCUGAGCGAGGGCAGCAGCUUGCACUCGGGCGGCGGCGGCGGCCACCACCAGCAGUACUACUAUGACACGCACAGCAACACCUACUACCUGCGCACCUUCGGCCACAACACCAUGGACGCGGUGCCCAGGAUCGACCACUACCGCCACACGGCUGCGCAGCUGGGCGAGAAGCUGCUCCGGCCCAGCCUGGCCGAGCUCCACGACGAGAUAGAAAAGGAACCCUUUGAGGAUGGUUUUGCAAAUGGCGAAGAAAGUACUCCAACCAGAGAUGCUGUGGUCACAUACACUGCUGAAAGUAAAGGCGUUGUAAAAUUUGGCUGGAUCAAGGGUGUAUUAGUACGUUGUAUGUUAAACAUUUGGGGUGUGAUGCUCUUUAUUAGAUUGUCUUGGAUUGUGGGUCAAGCUGGAAUAGGUCUGUCUGUCCUUGUAAUAACAAUGGCCACUGUUGUGACAACAAUCACAGGCUUGUCUACUUCAGCAAUAGCUACCAAUGGAUUUGUAAGAGGAGGAGGAGCAUAUUAUUUAAUAUCUAGGAGUCUAGGGCCAGAAUUUGGUGGUGCAAUUGGCCUGAUCUUUGCUUUUGCCAAUGCUGUGGCAGUUGCCAUGUAUGUUGUUGGAUUUGCAGAAACUGUGGUGGAGUUGCUUAAGGAACAUUCCACAUUUACCAUGAUAGAUGAAAUCAAUGAUAUUCGAAUUAUUGGAGCCAUUACAGUGGUGAUUCUUCUGGGUAUCUCAGUAGCUGGAAUGGAGUGGGAAGCAAAAGCUCAGAUUGUUCUUCUGGUGAUUCUCCUCCUGGCCAUUGCUGACUUUGUCAUAGGAACAUUCAUCUCAUUGGAGAGCAAGAAGCCCAAAGGCUUCUUUGGUUAUAAAUCUGAGGUAUUUAAGGAGAACUUUGGACCAGAUUUUCGGGAGGAAGAGACUUUCUUUUCUGUAUUUGCCAUCUUUUUUCCUGCUGCAACUGGUAUUCUGGCUGGAGCAAAUAUCUCAGGUGAUCUUGCAGAUCCUCAGUCAGCCAUACCUAAAGGAACACUCUUAGCCAUUUUAAUUACUACAGUGGUUUACAUAGGAAUUGCAGUAUCUGUAGGUUCUUGUGUUGUUCGGGAUGCCACCGGGAAUGUUAAUGACACCAUUACCACAGAGCUGACAAAUUGCACUUCUGCAGCCUGCAAAUUAAACUUUGACUUUUCGAAUUGUAAAAGCAAUUCUUGUUCUUAUGGUCUAAUGAACAACUUUCAGGUGAUGAGCAUGGUGUCAGGAUUUGCACCCUUAAUCUCUGCAGGUAUCUUUUCAGCCACACUUUCUUCAGCAUUAGCAUCUCUUGUGAGUGCUCCCAAAAUAUUUCAGGCUCUGUGUAAGGACAACAUCUACCCAGCUUUCCAUAUGUUUGCUAAAGGUUAUGGAAAAAAUAAUGAACCUCUUCGUGGUUACAUCUUAACAUUCUUAAUUGCGCUUGGAUUCAUCCUAAUUGCUGAACUGAAUGUUAUUGCUCCAAUUAUCUCUAACUUCUUCCUCGCAUCAUAUGCAUUAAUCAAUUUUUCAGUAUUCCAUGCAUCACUUGCAAAAUCUCCAGGAUGGCGUCCUGCAUUCAAAUAUUACAACAUGUGGAUAUCCCUUAUUGGAGCAAUUCUUUGUUGCAUAGUGAUGUUUGUCAUUAACUGGUGGGCUGCAUUACUCACAUAUGUGAUAGUCCUUGGACUGUACAUUUAUGUUACCUACAAAAAACCAGAUGUGAACUGGGGAUCCUCUACACAGGCUCUGACUUACUUGAAUGCACUACAGCAUUCAAUUCGUCUUUCUGGAGUAGAAGAUCAUGUGAAAAACUUCAGGCCACAGUGUCUUGUUAUGACAGGUUCUCCAAACUCACGUCCAGCUUUACUUCAUCUUGUUCAUGACUUCACGAAAAAUGUUGGAUUGAUGAUCUGUGGCCAUGUGCAUAUGGGCCCUAGGAGACAGGCCAUGAAAGAGAUGUCUAUUGAUCAAGCCAGAUAUCAGCGAUGGCUCAUUAAAAACAAAAUGAAGGCUUUCUAUGCUCCAGUGCAUGCAGAUGACUUGAGAGAAGGCGCACAGUAUCUGAUGCAGGCUGCUGGUCUUGGUCGUAUGAAACCAAAUACACUUGUCCUUGGAUUUAAGAAAGAUUGGUUACAAGCAGAUAUGAGGGAUGUGGAUAUGUAUAUAAACUUAUUUCAUGAUGCCUUUGACAUACAAUAUGGAGUAGUGGUAAUUCGCCUAAAGGAAGGGCUGGACAUUUCUCAUCUUCAGGGACAAGAAGAAUUAUUGUCUUCACAAGAGAAAUCACCUGGUACCAAGGAUGUUGUGGUAAAUGUGGACUAUAAUAAAAAAUCAGAUCUUGAUACUUCCAAACUAUCUGGCGAAAAAUCCAUUACACAUAAAGAUGAGGAAGAGGAUGGCAAGACUCCAACUCAACCACUGUUGAAAAAAGAAUCCAAAGGCCCUGUUGCACCUUUAAAUAUAGCUGACCAAAAGCUUCUUGAAGCUAGUACACAGUUUCAGAAAAAACAAGGGAAGAAUACUAUUGAUGUCUGGUGGCUUUUUGAUGAUGGAGGUUUGACCUUGUUGAUACCGUAUCUUCUGACUACGAAGAAAAAGUGGAAAGAUUGUAAGAUCAGAGUAUUCAUUGGUGGAAAAAUAAACAGAAUAGACCAUGACCGGAGAGCGAUGGCUACUUUACUUAGUAAAUUCCGAAUAGACUUCUCUGAUAUCAUGGUCCUAGGAGAUAUCAAUACGAAACCAAAGAAAGAAAAUAUUGUAGCUUUUGAUGAAAUGAUUGAGCCAUACAGACUUCAUGAAGAUGAUAAAGAACAGGACAUUGCAGAUAAAAUGAAGGAAGAUGAGCCAUGGCGAAUAACAGAUAAUGAGCUUGAGCUUUAUAAGACCAAGACAUACCGGCAGAUCAGGUUAAAUGAAUUAUUAAAGGAGCAUUCAGGCACAGCUAAUAUUAUUGUCAUGAGUCUGCCAGUUGCACGGAAAGGUGCUGUGUCCAGUGCUCUCUACAUGGCAUGGUUGGAAGCUCUAUCUAAGGACCUUCCCCCAAUCCUCCUUGUCCGUGGGAAUCAUCAGAGUGUCCUUACCUUCUAUUCUUAAUUGUUGUACACAGUGGGCUGUCCUUCGGAUUGGUACUUAGUGCCUAGUGAAGUGACUGAAAUCGUCAGUAACAGCUCAACAUCACAGUGGCCAACUGGGACUUUUCUUUCACUGUUUACUUUAUUUGAAAGCACAUGGGAAAGUUGCUCCACUGGUGGAUGUAUGGAGACUUUAGUUUUAGUCGGUUCCAUAUCUCAGUUUAAUGAAUGGUGAUUCUUUCUUGUUGAACUGAAGCUCAUGAAAGUAAAGUUUUCCUUUGCUACUUGAAUAGCAAUAAGAGUGUGUUAUUUUUUUGAUUGAUGAAAGGAGUACAAAAAGCCUUUAACCUUGAGGUGCCUUCUGAAAUUAACCAAAUUUCAUUCAUAUAUCUCUCCUCUUUUAUAAAUUUAUAGAAUAUCAAACUUUGCCUUCAGAUAUUUUUAUUUCUAAUCUCUUCCACCUUAAAACAAAGUGGAAGUUGCUUUCCAUCUUGCAUUGACCAAUUAGUGUUGAGUACUAUGUGUUUCCUGUUACUUUUGUAGAAAUAUCUCUUAGAAUUUAAAGAUGAGGAUUAGGACAUGCUAAUAAAAAAUGUAGAGAAAAGUAACCAAAACGCAAACCCAAGGUUAGGUUUAUAUGCGUGUAUGAACAUGUAGAGCUAGGAAAGAGGCCCAAACACCUUAUGAAGCUCCCAAUUUCCCAUUCGUCAUUAUUUCUUUGAAAUCUUAGAGAAGGGUAAAGAUAUGUACCCAUGACGUCCAUGUAAAGUGCUGAAAAAUCACAUCAUUUUUCAAACAAAGAUCCUCAAGAACAUUUGUAUUUAAACUAAGAGAUCUGUCCUAACUUAGAAUUUCCCUAAAAUGUGAGGGAUUUAAGAUAUGCUAACUGAUUUUUUUUUUCUAGAAGAAAUCUAGACAAAGCAAUGUCAUUUAAUAGAGUAUUUCAGCAAACACUAGGUGGGGUUUCACUACAUUAUACCAUCUUUUAUAAAUCUUUAAAGUGUUUCAUCAAAUGGUUAAAUGGACCAUGGGUUUCUUAGUGAAAUAUUUUUAGGCUUAAUUCAUUCGAGUAUCAAGUACAUUUAGUCUUAAUACACUCAGGUUUGAACAGAUUAUUCUGAACAUUGACAUUUAAUCUAUUCUUAAUACUUUAAAACUUUUGUGUUUAAAAAAAAAAAAAACUGCCAGUUUGUGCAUCUGAUUGACACCGCAGUCUACUAGUACACUUUUGACAGUGCAUAUGUCCUGUUACCGAAAGGUUUAUAUACAGUUGUUAAUGAGAAGUUUCUUAUUUUUCAAGGAAGGAUUUCCCAAAAACAUUUCAAGAGAUUUAUGUCUACAUGUCUGUAUGUGUGUAUGUAUAUGCGUACACAAGUGCACAUAUAUAUAUAUAUAUAUGUAAUGAAAUUUAUGUUGCUGGUGUUCCACAUUUUAAAGUGAUCAUGAUUCAGUAGGCUGAAGUUUUUUCUUUAGCAUGUUCAAAAUCAGAUCAAUAGAUUACAGGUUUCAAGAGAACAAAGACAAUUUGAAGGUCAUAAUGUAGCCUCUUAUAAUUAUCCAGUUAGAUAAAGGUACUGUCAGUAGAUUCAUUGAUAAGUUUCAGUGGUAGAGAAUUUAUACAGGCUUUCAUGCAUCUUAAUAGAAAUGUUACAGAAUUAUUUUCAGUGAUGCAGUAUUUUUGCUGCAUGAAUAUGAACUAAAUUAAGUUGGAGGUCUGAGAGUUUUAAUUCAGAAUAUUAAGAAAAUGAAGUAACUAUUUUCUAAAAGUUUUUCUACAUUAUAAUACAUCAUUUUUCCAUUUAUUGUAAGUUUUGCAGUGUUUGGGGGGAAAGCAGAUGUCACAUUCAAUAUGCAAUAAUGUGUGAAUUUUCUAACUGGAUAAUAGGGCGUGGACUGAGUGCUGCUAUCUUGAAAUGUACACAGGUACACUUGCUUUUUUUUUUUUUUUUUAAGGUUUUUCCCAUUCAGGACAACAUCACUAUGACCUGUAUUACAGGAACCAAAUGUCCUACAUCAUACGUGUAUGUAUAAAAUACAUAAAACUCACCUAAAUAUACAUUAAUAGGAAGGGGAAUGUCUGUGAAAUAAUGUAAGAAACUUUCCACUUUUAAAAAAUACAUUACCUAACACUAGAUACCAGGUCAGAAAUUUAAGAUUGCAGUAGAAAAGAGAAAAAAAAUUUCAACAAGCAAUUCUUAGAGAUGCUAUCUAGUGUUGAAGCUAUUUCUAGUUUAUGCUGAAUUUUGAUGAUCUUAAUUGCCAAUUUUUUUUAAUCCUAAUCAUUAAUGGUAACUUGGAAAUAAUUAUGCAAUGGCAUUUGAGUUCACUGUUAUAGGUAAAGAAUUCAGUGGGUUCAGAGAGAAUGUUGGUAUUGAUUAUUAACUGUUAAUUAAAUCAAAUAUUUAUUUGUUGCAUUGUUUCCUAUGUAUUUUAAGUUUCCUUUUAAAUUCUUUUUAUAUUACUUUCUGACAUUACAUGUUUUUUAAGAGUAUGGAAAUAAUUUAAAGAUUUGUGCUCUGGUGGAUGAUUAUCUACUAAGGUUGAAAAUGUAAUAUUUUGAUAAUACUGUACUGUAACUUCACACAAAUGCUUUUCUAAUGUUUUAACCUUGAGUAUUGCAGUUGCUGCUUUGUAAAGAGGUUACUGCAAUAAAGGAAGUGGAUUCAUUAAAACAGUA